AUGACACGUGUAUUCAAGAUGGCGACCGCGGCGAUGGAGACGUGGUUGGCCCUUCUGCUGUUGUCCAUGUUGCCCGGAGGGGUCCAGCCCUUUUACGUGCCUGGAGUUGCUCCAAUGAACUUCCACCAGAACAGUGCUGUAGAGAUUAAGGCCGUGAAGCUGACCAGCUCCCGGACUCAGCUUCCCUAUGAAUACUAUUCCCUGCCCUUCUGUCAGCCUGAUAAAGUGGUCUACAAAGCAGAGAACCUGGGGGAGGUGCUACGCGGGGACCGUAUUGUCAACACCCCCUACUCGGUUCUCAUGACCCAGGACAGGAAGUGUGAGGUGGUUUGUGCCAAGCUGAAACUCAGCGUGCAGCAGAGCAAGCUGGUGGCUGAGCGCAUCCUGGAGGAGUACUAUGUUCACCUCAUUGCAGACAACCUCCCAGUGGCCACUCGGCUGGAGUUCUACCCCAACAGAGAGGCAGGGGCUGAGGAGGAGAAGGAUGUGGUGAAGGGUGUUCAGUUUGAACAUGGCUACAGACUAGGCUUCACUGACAACGGCAAGUUCUACCUACACAACCACCUGUCCUUCAUCAUCUACUACCACAAGGAGAAGGUGGAGGAGGAGGAGGAGCACAACUACAGAGUUGUACGUUUUGAGGUGGUUCCCCAGAGUGUCAAGGUGGAGGACCUGAAGGCUGAUGAUAAGGGGGCGUGUACCCUGCCUGAGGCCACUAACUCCGCUCCUCAGGAGAUUGACCCCUCCAAGGAGAAUGAGGUUCUCUUCACCUACUCCGUCCGCUGGGAGGAGAGCCAGGUGAAGUGGGCAUCCCGCUGGGACACCUACCUGACCAUGAGUGACGUGCAGAUCCACUGGUUCUCCAUCGUCAACUCAGUGGUGGUGGUCUUCUUCCUGUCUGGCAUCCUCAGUAUGAUCAUCAUCAGGACCUUGAGGAAGGACAUCGCCAACUACAACAGAGAGGAUGACAUAGAGGACACCAUGGAGGAGUCAGGCUGGAAGAAUGUCCAUGGUGACGUGUUCAGACCUCCACAGUAUCCCAUGAUCCUCAGCUCUCUGCUGGGCUCAGGCAUACAGCUCUUCUGCAUGAUCCUCAUCGUUAUCUUCGUGGCCAUGUUGGGGAUGCUGUCUCCUUCCAGUAGAGGGGCGCUGAUGACCACUGCCUGCUUCCUGUUCAUGUUCAUGGGUGUGUUCGGUGGAUACUUUGCUGGCAGGCUCUACCGCACGCUGAAAGGCCAUCGGUGGAAGAAGGGAGCUUUCUGUACGGCCACUCUGUACCCUGCCGUGGUGUUCUGCAUCUGCUUCGUUCUCAACUGUUUCAUCUGGGGAGAGCACUCGUCUGGAGCAGUCCCCUUCACCACCAUGCUGGCUCUACUCUGCAUGUGGUUCGGUAUCUCCAUGCCCCUGGUGUACCUGGGCUACUACUUUGGCUUCCGCAAGCAGCCGUACGAUAACCCUGUCCGCACCAAUCAGAUCCCUCGCCAGGUGCCCGAGCAGCGCUGGUACAUGAACAAGUUUGUGGGAAUUCUGAUGGCUGGGAUUCUACCGUUUGGUGCCAUGUUCAUUGAGCUCUUCUUCAUCUUCAGUGCCAUCUGGGAGAACCAGUUCUACUACCUGUUUGGUUUCCUCUUCCUGGUGUUCAUCAUCCUGGUGGUGUCCUGCUCCCAGAUCAGUAUCGUCAUGGUCUACUUCCAGCUCUGUGCAGAGGACUACCGGUGGUGGUGGAGGGCCUUCCUGGUAUCAGGGGGCUCAGCCUUCUACGUCCUUGUUUACGCCGUUUUCUACUUUGUCAACAAGCUGGACAUUGUGGAGUUUAUCCCUUCCCUGUUGUACUUUGGUUACACGGCUCUCAUGGUCCUGUCUUUCUGGCUCCUUACGGGGACAAUCGGCUUUUACGCAGCGUACAUGUUCAUACGGAAGAUCUACGCUGCCGUCAAAAUCGACUGAGUUUGUUUCUGCUGUUUGUUGCCACAUUUUCUUGUUCGUUUUAAUUUUUAAUUUUUUGUUUUCUUUAUGUCCAGCAAACACUUGACUUCUGUGUAUUGGGUUUUGUGGAACAGUGCCACCCACAGGCAUGGGGAGAGAACAGCAAGAUGGCGCUGCCUGCUAGCUCAACGCUCCCCCUCCCUCCGUUAUUGGUGUCCACAGAGACAGAGUUCCUCUGGGACAGUCCAUGUUUUUCUACUGUGUUUCACCUUGGACACAACAUGGGCCAAAGCAUGUCAAUUGAAAGUCUCUGUAUGUUUUAGUGUCUGCUUUUGGAGUUGGACAAGCCUGGGUUGCCCAGGGGGACUCAAUGAAGUGCAUUGGUUCAGAACUUCACUUUAUCGUUUUAAUAUCAGUUCUCUGUAAGAUAUUUUAGUCUGACCUCUCUCUUUCUCUCUCGUUUUCUGUCUCUCUCUGUCAGUCUCUCUCUGUCUCUCAGUGUGUGUGUGUGUGUGUGUGUGUGUGUGUGUGUGUGGUAAGGUUAUUUUAGUUUAAAGUCUUUAUUCCAGAUGAUCAAAAGAUGGUUGGGAGGUCACACUGUGGUAAUGGCACUAAUAAGUAUUUUGUUUAGCUUGGAAAUGGAAAUCUAACAUUGGAACAGGCAAGGAAGGAUAUUACAAUAUUCUGUUAUUUUUACUGUGGUUUCCAUGUCCUGAAGUGACCAUUUCAACCACAACUAAAAUCAUAAUCUAAAUGUAUCUCCUUGAAAAGAAUUCUCUCACAUUGAGGUAACAGAUUUUCUGAGUAGAAGUAUAAACUCAAUUUCUCCUCUGCAAAUACUACUUCCAUUAUCAAUUAAUCUGAUGUGCUAGGGAAGCCAAGUUGGCUUAAGGCGGUUGAAAUAUGAAAUGUUAAUGGAACAAAAGUAAAUGUGGAUGAAAAGUGGUAUUUCUCAUUAUCUUCAAAUCACCUUUAUAAGUUAUGAGCUUUAGCCUAGGAAACACGACUUGUUUAAAAUGUUUGACUUGUAAUGUAAUGGUGUCCAAUGUAAACAGCUCCACGGUCUCACUGAACUAUGCAUUUUUUGGAAAAGGAUGAGAAUGAUCUUUGGUUUCAUAAUGUUUUGAUUUUAACACCUAGUUCAAUGAGACACACCUGCUAUUCUAACAGAAGUUAUCUAUCGGUGUCGGUUAUCCCUGAGCAUCAAUGUCUCUACUAGGAUUGCCUUAGCAACACAGGGUUCUGUCAAUGAGCAUCUAAAUGGAGUACAGUUGUGUUUCCCAUAAACAACCUCUAAAUGGAGUACAGUUGUGUUUCCCAUAAACAACCUCUAAAUGGAGGACAGUUGUGUUUCCCAUAAACAACCUCUAAAUGGAGGACAGUUGUGUUUCCCAUAAACAACCUCUAAAUGGAGGACAGUUGUGUUUCCCGUAAACAACAGGUCAAGUCAGUGCUGUACAAGAUUGACAAUGUGGUUUAUAUUCAGUCGAUAGGAAAAGUAUAUUGUCUGAAUGGGCUGAUCCUUCACUGGGUUUACUCUCUGGCUGUCUUUGCACAGGCAGCCCAAUUCUGAUCUUUUCCCCAAUUAUUGGCAAAAGAGCUGAUCUGAUUCGUCAAAAGACCAAUUAGUGGAAAAAGAUCAGAACUGGCCUGCCUGUGUAAACACCGGCUCUGUUACCCAGAGUUAGAAUUUCCUACCGGGGGUUCACAUCGUCCUGUAGCUGGAGUUUCCCUGAAGGUGGAGAUCCUGUGUGUUGAAACACUGACCUGGUGGGGAUUCAAAACAUUAAAGACCUUUCUAUCUUGGACAUAUUUUACUCAAUGGCUGCGUUUACACAGGCAGCCCAAUUUUGUUUUUAUCUAAGAUGAUCUGAUUGGUCAAAAGACAAAUAAGUGUAAAAAUGUUUUAUCAGAAUUGUGCUGCAUGUGUAAACGCAGGCUAUAAAACGUUAUUCUAUGGGCCAGUUUCCCAGAUGAAGCUUAGCCCUGCACUAAAAAAUACUUCUCAAUGGACCUUUAAGGCCAGGAAUAGGUUUAAAUACAUUUGAGGGCUGAGCUUUCAGGAACACAACCUUCAGGUCAACAUUGUUACCCCACAAGUUUCUUCACCUGUUUUUUUGUUGAUCAAGCGCGUAGAAACUAAUAUGUGGACAGACAGUCCGGUGGAGGUGUGAUCUUCCACAGCGGAGGGUGUUGGGAUAGCGCCGCACUGGAAGAAGGAAGGGGAGCGGUGCUGAGGGGGGAAUGACUCCAUUCUGGGUGAAUGAUAGUACAGUGAACCACUGAAUAAAUCAUACUUCUCUCUUCCUGUCUCCCCUCUCCCUUUAAAGUUUCUUUAUCUCUGCAUCUCUCUCACGUUCACCUCCACAGUAUCCCAUCAGUAUUGUCCUCCCUCUGCUGCUGAUGUCUGACGGUAUUCCUGAGCUGACAGCUCUCACUGCUCCACAGACAGACUUCCUCACCCGGGCCCAACAAACAAAUUCCAGGAGAGAUUUUCUACAGAUGUGCUUUUGAUUGACAUGAGCUGUGUAUGUAUGUAUGCGUAUGCGUGUGUGUGUGUGAAUGAGUGUCUACUAUGUAUGUAAAUACAACGCGUUGUUUUCCUGUUUUGGGGCUCUUGACUGUAUGUUUAAAGAUCAUGUCAUUGUUUUAGCCAAAUGCAUGGUUUUUAAGGAACUUUUUUUUUUUUUCCGUUUUCUUUACAGAAUGUCCAGUUAUAUAAUGUAUGAAACAAUUAAAGUGCUGAUACGUUGGGA